GGUACUCACCUAAAGCUCCUUGUCGCUUUUUUUAUUGAGAAUUUCCUUGAAGAUUUUUGGGUUAUUGUGAAGUUACUUUCGAAAGUCGGUCGCGGUUUUAACUUUUUUUCUUUAAAGAUUUUUGUGUAUUUUGUGAGUCUUGUGUUUCAUUGGUGUUAUGGCAGUAUCCACGAUCAACAUGUCUCCGUAUUUCACUGGAUAUCCUUUCCAAGGUCAAGGUCGAGUAAAUCAACUGGGUGGUGUCUUUAUAAACGGACGUCCUCUACCGAACCACAUUAGACUAAAAAUAGUUGAGAUGGCUAGUGCUGGAAUACGACCAUGUGUUAUUUCCAGACAGUUGAGGGUCUCACAUGGUUGUGUUUCUAAGAUUUUAAAUCGAUAUCAGGAAACUGGUAGUGUACGACCUGGAGUAAUUGGCGGUUCUAAGCCUAGAGUGGCCACCGCGGAAGUCGAAGCUAGAAUUGAAGAGUUAAAAAAGGACCAACCUGGGAUAUUUGCCCAUGAAAUUAGAGAAAAAUUGAUAAAAGAAGGGAUUUGUGACAAAAAUUCUGCUCCUUCAGUCAGCUCGAUCAGCAGGUUACUGAGAGGUGGCAGAAAAGAUGAUUUGGAUAGAAAAAACCACUCAAUCGAUGGCAUUCUAGGUCCCAUCUCAUCAGGGGAGGAAUCAGAUACGGACCUAGAACCUGGUAUUCCUUUAAAGAGAAAACAAAGAAGAUCACGCACUACCUUUACUGGUGAACAGCUAGAAGCUUUGGAAAGAGCUUUUGGAAGAACCCAGUAUCCAGACGUUUACACCAGAGAAGAACUGGCCCAAAAAACUAAACUUACUGAAGCAAGGGUUCAAGUAUGGUUCUCAAACAGGCGAGCAAGGCUCAGAAAACAACUCAACUCGCAACAGCUAAACGCUUUUAACACCAUGUCAUUACAAGCUGCCCUACCAGGUAUUCAGCAUCAAUAUGAUGCUGCAGGCGCAUUCAAUCAGUCUCCCUGGACAGCCCAACAGAGCUACAGCGCCGCACUAACAUCAUCUUUCAGUACCAAUCCAGCCCUAACCUCCCAUUCUUUAUCAAGCAACACAACUUCACUAGGAGACACAUCAAGUACGUCGUCCAGUCCACCGAAUACGCAAAAUAGCACCCUCUAUGAAAAAAAUCCCGCAUCACUGUACGGUUCAUAUAACGUAGGCGGGUUGGAUAGUAACGUGAAUCAGUUCGGCGCGUACGGUAUGGCUGCGCAGAUGUCGCCCAAUCAGCAUCCGGUCAGUCCUGCGCAGCAGAGUGCUGCGUGGGCACGCCACGCCGCCGCUAUGACCCAAAAUAAUAAGGUGGCUGAAAACUUGAGUAGCUGGCAUGAAAGUUAUAGCCUUUUUAAUGGUGGUAGCCACUACGGUGCCCAUUCACCCAGCGAAGCUAAAUCUGGAUAUCCUUACUUUGGUGCUAUGGAGAUGUGCUCUAGCAGAGUAAAUUAAGUUUAUAAAUCUGGAUAAAGGAGCAAUAAUUAAAUAACAAAACAACUAUUUCGGUUUUAUUGUAAAUAUAUGUAACAUUUAUGCAGUGUAAUUCCUUUGAAGCUUUAUUUCUUAAUUUAUUUUGUAUAUUUUGGCAUUUAGUAAUUUAGGCUGCAAUAACUUACAACUUUCCUAUCUUAAAAAAUUUAUGGGUGACAAAAUAAUAUUUUACAAUUAAAAAUGUAUAUACCGCUUGCAAUAUUUUAUACAUUUCAUUCUUUAUAUGACACUAAAUAAAUAAAUAGAAGUAUAAUUUAUUAUGUAUCUAAAAUGCUUUGUAUAAUUUUUAAGUUAUACUUCUUAAAUUCAUGUAGGAUAUUUGUGUAUAUUGUAGGCUGUAUUUGUUAAAAUAUUAAAUAAAUUAUUUAAAAUUAAAA